CCCCCCAACACAACCAUUCGGUAUCUCCUUGUCCAUUAUCAUACGCACCUUCCGCACCCCUCGCACCCCCACCCGCGCACGUUAGCACAGAGACCCCAACCCCGAUGGCGACCUCUCGCCCUCCACCGCCCAAGCAUCUCGAUCUCGACCUCACGAUCGUCUCCGCCAAGCAUCUAAAGAACGUCAACUGGAAAAACGGCGACCUCAAGCCCUACGCGGUCUUCUGGGUCGACUCGGACCGCCGACUCGCCACCAAAGCUGACGACUCCGGCUCAACCCGCCCAGUCUGGAACGAGCGGUUCACCGUCCCACUCACCCUCCCCCUCCACGACUCCUUCCUCACCCUCGAAAUCUUCCACUCCAAACCCUCCGACACUCCCAAGCCUUUAGUCGGCACCCUCCGGGUCCCACUCAAGGACCUGCCCGACCCGGACGACUCCACCCGAAUCCGCACCUUCCAGCUCGUCCGCCCCUCGGGCCGUCCACAGGGUAAGAUCCGCGUAAAGCUCGCCGUUCGAGAACGACCUCUGCCACCAGAUUACCAUAUGACCCCUCCGCCCAGCUAUUUUUACUCAGGCUCCCCUAUGCCUCCAACCCCUGUUCGUGACUUCAGGUCAUACUCGCCGUCGCCGUACUCUUCUCUACAAGCUUCGGCUCCGACUCCAUCGGCUUCCCCACCGCCGCCGCCGCCGUACCAUUACAGCUCGUAUUCCGAUCCGUACUCGAGUUACUAUCCGGCGUACUACUCCAGCGCGCCACCUCCGCCUCCACCGAGGCCGUUCUUCGACCGGCCAGCAUGUUACGCUGCGCCGGGUGCUCCGGGUGCUCCGGGUGGGCCUGGUGGGCCUUCCGCACCACUGGACUACUCGAAUUAUGAUCAGAAGCCCAAGAGUGGGAAGAUGGGACUGGGCACGGGAUUGGCUGUGGGCGCAGUGGCAGGAGGUAUAGGUGGACUGGCAUUGGAUGAGGGAUUGAGGUACGAAGAAGAUAAGAUUGCGGAGAGGGUUGAGAAUGACUUGCGUGAGCGUGACGAUUACAGCAACUAUCGUGCCGAUUAUUGAUUGAUUGAUUCAAUCGGAGGUUGAGGUAUGGUUUAAUGACUAAGGCGCAAUGUUAAUUUGCGGUUUAUCGGUGUAUAUGUAUAUAUAUUCUAUGUGGAAUUUGAUCUAAGCUUGGCGCUUAUGGAUGUUCGGUUGAAGUAAAACAAGAGUUUAAUGUUAAAUCAGUGUUUUAUUAUGGAAUAAAUAUUGGUUUGUUACUAAUGAA